UGUCAGAUACGACUACAGUACCAAAUUGACAAAUAUAAUUCAAACAUUCCCGAAGAUCUUGAAGUAACACGAUUCAAGUGCAUCGACGUCAUAUUGAAGAAGCAAGCAGUAUACGAGCCAAUAGAACUGUCAUUUGAUCAGCAUUGAUUCCUCGUCCCAAUGGCGCCUCAUCCACAAGACACGGCCUACGCCGCCGCAACCUCCGACCCAUCAAAGUUCUGGGCCUACCAAGCUCAACAAAUAUCAUGGCACAAGACACCCAAGACGACACUAGAAAAGAACAUCCAUCAUCUCCCGUCCGGAGCAUCCCAUGAGAGCUGGUCCUGGUUUCCCGACGGCGAGCUUAGCACUUCAUACAACUGCACAACCCGCCACGUCGAAGCCGGCCAUGGCGACAAAACCGCCAUCAUCUACGAUAGCCCGGUGACUGGUGUCAAGGAGAAGAUCACAUACGCCCAGCUCGACGAAGAAGUCUCCAUCCUCGCCGGUGCACUCCGCGCGGAUGGCGUGAAGAAAGGCGAUGUCGUGCUCGUGUACAUGCCCAUGAUCCCAGCUGCAUUGAUCGGAAUUCUUGCGACCGCUCGCCUAGGUGCGAUCCACGCGGUCGUAUUCGGUGGCUUCUCCGCUGCAUCUCUGGCGCAAAGGAUCGAGAGCAGCGAGGCCAAGGUCAUUCUGACGGCAAGCUGUGGAAUUGAGGGGAGUAAAGGUGCGUUGGACUACAAACCUUUGGUCAGAGGCGCGGUUGAGCAGAGUAGGCAUAAACCUGAGAGGGUGAUUGUCUGGCAGAGAGAGCAGUGUCGAUGGUAUCCGACUGAUAGGUUGAGUGGCGAGAGGACGUGGCAGACAUUUGUGAAGAGUGCGAGGGAUAGGAAUAUUCGGGCGGAGAAUGUGCCGGUGAAAAGUGGUGACGGGCUGUAUAUUAUCUAUACGUCGGGUACCACAGGACUACCGAAGGGUGUGCUCCGACAAGCCGGCGGACAUGCAGUCGGCCUCAACUUUACUGUCCGCUACAUAUUCGGCGUUCGCGGGCCUGGUGAUAUCAUGUUCACAGCGAGCGACAUUGGCUGGGUCGUCGGCCACAGCUAUAUCAUAUACGGCCCACUUCUCGCUGGCGCAACCACAGUCUUGUUCGAGGGUAAACCCGUAGGCACACCCAACGCAGACACCUUUUGGCGGAUCUGUGAAGAGAACAAAGUCAAUGCGCUUUUUACCGCGCCUACAGCCCUCCGAGCUAUCCGAAAGGAGGAUCCCGAAAACAAAUUCUUCACGGCGAGGGGGAAACGCGGUGGUUUGAAGAGCCUCCGUGCCCUCUUCCUUGCAGGCGAGCGUAGUGAACCGAGCAUCGUGAGCAUGUACGCCUCUCUUCUCAAGCAAUACGCCGGUCCGAAUGCAACAGUGAUUGACAAUUGGUGGUCCUCUGAGAGUGGGUCGCCUAUGACUGGCCUUGCACUACUGCCCAACGUUGCAACAAAUUUCUCUGACCACACAUACCACGUUCCACUGCCAAUGAAACCCGGGUCUGCCGGGAAGGCAAUUCCAGGAUUCAAUAUAUUGAUCGUCGACGACGAUGGCAAGCCGGUGUCAAGUCCUGGAACUAUGGGCAACAUCGUCCUAUCCCUACCUCUUGCACCAACAGGUUUGACGACACUGUGGCGUGAUGAGGAGCGCUUCUACAAAGGCUACCUGAAGCGGUUUGACGGUAAGUACAUUGACACUGGCGACGCCGGCAUGAUCGACAGCGACGGCUACGUGCACGUCAUGUCCCGUGCCGACGACAUCAUCAAUGUCGCAGCACACCGGCUAUCUACCGGUGCGAUCGAGCAAGCCAUCACGACCCAUCCAGACGUCACCGAGGCGGCAGUAGUCGGCAUACCAGACGAGCUCAAGGGCCACGUCCCAUUUGCAUUCAUCGGACUGCGAAACAGCUCCUCGUCGCCUUCAUCACCAACUCCCGAAGCCUACGACAACCUCCUCAAAUCCCUCAAUGUUCUCUUGAGGAAGCAUAUCGGCCCCAUCGCGAAUCUGGCAGGCUUCAUCUCCACGCCAGGCACCAUCCCCAAGACCCGCUCAGGCAAGACGCUGCGUAGGUGUCUCAAGGAGAUUCUCGAGAACGCCGUGCUGCAUGGUGAGUUUGAUAAGGAGGUUACAUAUCCGGCUACGAUUGAGGAUGCGACUGUCCUGGUGCGCGCUAGAGCGGCUGCGAAGGAUUAUUUCUUGGAAGGUGCAGGGAAGAAAUUAUUGGUAGUGGGAGAGAAGGCCAAAUUGUAGGAGAGACCUGCGCGUGGUCAUAUUAAUCAUUUCCCAGGCCUACUGCUACUGUAAUUAUUCUUGCCGCCUUUUUUUGUAAAUGCAUUGUCGCCGGCGCAGAACCGAACCAUUGGCUCCCAGAUCGGUCUCAUAGAGAAAAUUGGUCUGGAUGCACGCCUGUGUAUUUCUCCGGACGAAGGAAUGAAGUCAGUG